GAGUUGUAGUUUUGGGGCCGACCGGAGGGUGGGCGCAGAGAGGAGCGGGAGUCGUGCACGCGCCCAUGGCUCAUACUGGGGUGUGGCUUUGUGCCUUCUCCGUGCUGCCGGUGGCGCUGGCUGCUGUCUACUUCCAGGAAGAGUUUCUAGACGGAGAGCGUUGGAGGAACCGCUGGGUGCAGUCCACCAAUGACUCCCAGUUCGGGCACUUCAGAGUCUCGUCGGGGAAGUUUUAUGGGCAUAAAGAGAAAGACAAAGGCCUGCAGACAACACAGAACAGCCGCUUCUACGCCAUCUCUGCAAAGUUCAAGCCGUUCAGUAACAAAGGGAAGACCCUGGUCGUCCAGUACACUGUGAAACAUGAACAGAAGAUGGACUGUGGCGGGGGCUACAUCAAGGUCUUCCCUUCAGACCUGGAUCAGAAGAAUAUGAAUGGAAAAUCGCAGUACUAUAUCAUGUUUGGACCUGAUAUUUGUGGAUUUGAUAUCAAGAAAGUUCAUGUUAUUUUAUAUUUCAAGAAUCAGUAUCACUCAAACAAGAAGUCAAUCAGAUGUAAGGUUGAUGGCUUCACCCACCUCUACACCCUCAUCUUAAGGCCAGAUCUUUCUUAUGACGUGAAAGUUGAUGGCCAGUCCAUUGAAUCUGGGAGUAUUGAGUAUGACUGGAAUUUGACGUCCCUGAAGAAAAUGGAAAAGAACUCGGCAGAGUCUCAAGACUGGGGUCAGACAGAAGGUGGCAAAGCCCAGGACUGGGAGAAGCACUUUCUGGACGCAGGCAGCAGCAAGCCCAGUGAUUGGAACAGCGAGCUGGAUGGGGACUGGCUGCAGAAGCCACCCUACCAGGAUGGCCUGAAAGCUGAGGCCAUCAACAAGGAUGUGUGGCUCCACCAGAAGAUGAAGCAUACCAGCUACCUGAUGCAGUAUGACCUCUCCGAGUUCGAGAAUAUUGGUGCCAUCGGCCUGGAGCUGUGGCAGGUGAGAUCUGGAACCAUUUUUGAUAACUUCCUCAUCACAGAUGAUGAAGAGUAUGCAGAGAAGUUUGGCAAGGCCACUUGGGGGGAAACCAAGGGUCCAGAAAGGGAGAUGGAUGCCAUACAGGCCAAGGAAGAAGUGAAGAAAGCCCGUGAGGAAGAUGAGAAGGAGAUGAUGGCAGGGAAGUUUCACAGGAAGGCCAACCAUUUCAGCAGAGUCCACAAACAGGGCGAGCUGUAGUCAUCCCCACCCCCGAUGCAGAUGCUGAGAGCCUCGGUUCCACUUUAAUACAUCACUGAAAGCUCGCGCA